UAGACUUGAUACAACUGUAUGUUGGUUUGGAAAUAAAAUUAUAUAGCCUGACCAAUAAAAUAAAAAACCUCGCCAUAUUGCGGAAAACUAUUGGAACUAAUUUCUUCAACUGGCAACCAUCUAUAAGAGAUGUCAUUAUUGUCAUCUGUCAAAGUGUGUUGUCGAUUGUGCGUGGUGUAUUUCUUGGUUAAGUGAGUUAUUUCAGCGUUAAAAUGCCAAAGACGAUUAAAAGCCAGUUAAGAAAAGUUAUUUAUAAUAUAAAUAAUUACUUGUCAGAAAGAAGGUCUGAAGGAAUUGACUCUAUUCCUCUAAACAACAUCACGGACCUUGUUGUCAACAUGACUGGUAUAUCCCAAUCGUCCGUAAUGAAAAUACGAAGAGAAGGUCAGACCUCAGUUGUAUUUUCUACACCCAAGAAAAAUAAACCUAAAACAAAAAAGAAAAUCAAUUUGGAUGAUUUCGAUCUCUGUGCAAUUAGGCAUAAACUACAAGAAUUUUAUGCCGUCCGAAAAGAAGUACCGAGUUUGAAGCGGUUGCUUGCAGCUCUGAAAGAAUCAAUAAAUUUUGUUGGUGGCAGGGAGUCUCUUCGUUUACUGUUACACAAAUUAGGUUAUAAAUUUAAAAAAUGUAGAAAUCAAAGGAUAAUUCUUAUGGAGCGGUAUGAUAUAGUAGCAUGGAGGGAUAGAUAUCUACAAGAAAUCAAAGAUGUAAGGAAGAGUGGUAUGCCAAUUGUAUACCUUGAUGAAAGUUAUAUUCAUACUUCGCUCAAUCAAGCUAAAUGCUGGCAAAGUGAAAAUGAGCCUGGUGGAUCUAAAUCUGUGGCUAAAGGCAAAAGAUAUGUCAUUGUCCAUUGUGGUGGCAAGACUGGGUUAAUCCCUAAUGCUUUAUUAAUUUAUAAUGACAAAGAAAAAAAAAAAGAUUUCCAUGACGCCAUUAAUACAGUUAAUUUUAAGAAAUGGGUAUUGGAUAAAUUAAUACCCAAUUUGCAAGAACCUACCUGUAUAGUCAUGGACAACGCUAGAUAUCAUUCUAGCCAAAUCAACAAGCCACUGAGCAUGAUAAAUAGAAAAAAAGAAAUUACAGACUGGCUUUCAUCAAAUAAUAUUGCCUACCCUACCAAUGCUACCAAAAGUAUGCUAAUGGUUAUAGUAAAACAAAAUAAACCUGACCCAAUAUAUGAAAUAGAUCAUUUAGUACAGGAUUAUGGUCACAAAAUAGUAAGACUGCCUCCAUAUCAUUAUGACCUCAAUCCUAUUGAGAUAAUAUGGGGCAUAGUAAAAGGGAAGGUUGCCACAAAGAAUGUUGGUUUAGACAAUAUCACAUUCAUGCAGCUUGUAAAAAACUGUUUUGAGGAUAUAACUGCCGAUACAUGGAAUAAUUGUUGUGAGCAUACAAAGAAAAUAGAAGAAGAUUAUAGACAAAGGGGACCAGUAAUUGACGGAGAAAUUGAAAAAUUUAUUAUAAAUGUUGGUGACGAUAGUGAAACAUCCAAUGAUACAAGUAGCAAUGAAUCUGUUAUAUCUGAAAUUGAAACACAAUAAUCAGACAAUGAAGAUCAUGAAACAUAUGAAUCUGUUGAAUAUUUGGAUUCCGACUUUGAAGACUUAUGCUAUUAAAAUAUUAAAUAAAGCUAAUACUGAAAUAAUAAAGUUGUACUUUUUUAAACUGCCUAAUUAGAAUCAGAAUCAGAAUGCCUAUAGUUUACUUUUAAGGAAGUUUAUUUCACAAUACUUUAAAACUUAAAUAUUUACUUUAAAAAAAAACUUGUAGUAGGAACAACCUUUAAAAAGUAAAUUUUAACUGUCCUUCCUGAGUCGUUAGAAAAGAAAGAAAUAAACCUAGAUUGUAUUGUAGUGAGUAAAAAAAAAUUUAAACGUCGAUUCUUCUUCUAGCCGCGAAUUUAAAUAAAUAGUAGGUAAACUAACUUUCUGCGAUAGUUUACAUUAAAUUAAACACUAGCUAAAAAAAGUACACUUGCCAAUUCGCAAUAGUAUGACUAUAGUAGAUGUUGCCAUAAUCAUAGUUAAUAUAGCGCCCUCAGAGCAGGUUUUUUAUUUUUUUGGUCAGGCUAUACAAUACGCUACCUGAAAAAAUUAAGCAAUUAACCAGAAUUAAGUUUAAAUUAAUUUUGAAAUGCAUCAUUUUUAUUGUACAAUGUCUUGGAAAUAUUAAACAAAAUAGCAAUCAAAUUGCGAAAUUAUGACUUCUAGCAAUUUGUACAUUUAUUUAUUUGUCUUGUAUUAUUAUUUUAUAUUAUUAUUUUACCGGUUUGAUGAUUCAGAAAGAUCCUUAACAGCUAUUAUGUAUAUGCCAAAGAAACCGGCGAAGUAUGGCCUUAAAAUCCUACUAGUAUGUGACGUUAAGUUGUUUUAUGUAUUCAAUGCUUAUAUUAUGGUAAAAAUUCAGAUGGCGUUGACCUUUCCGACGAGGAACGGAAACUGGCUAUACCCACAUAAUCAGUUCCACGACUGUGCAAGGAUUUUGAAAAUACACACCGUAAUAAAACGGGUAACAACCGAUUCAACUUUACUGAACUCAUGGAGGAAUUAUUAGAAAGUGGACUUAUGUGUAUUGAUAUUCUAAAAAAUAACAAACAGCAUAUAUCACACUCACUUCAAGCAUCAAAAACACGAACGCCCGAAACGAGUGUGCAUGGUUUUACCAAAGAUUUAACUCUCGUGCCGUAUAUGCCAAAGAAGUUUAAAGCAGUUUUAUUUAUUUUAUGCACCACUCAGCAUAAAUAGAUUUUACGCAAAUGGGACUUUCAGCUAAGAAAUAACAAAAAAAAGAGCAUUUUAUUUAUCAGCAAUUACCCAGCUCAUGCUAAAAUAGAGAAUUUGACCAACAUAAAACUGGCAUUUUUACCACCAAACACUACAUCAGUGAUUUAACCGAUUGAUCAAGAAAUAAUUAAAACCCUCAGAAGUCAUUAUAGAAAUACUUUAGUACAGAAAAUG